GCUUCUUCCGGAGUUCUCAACACAACACAACACAACAGGGCUGUCAGGGGAGAAAACUCUACAGACAGCAUUAUGGACGAGGAGAUGAUAUAUUCAUCAGCCUCAACAGACUUAGUGGAAGAACUAAGCAGCAAUGAAGUUGAGGUUCACAAUUGCUUGAUCAAGCUGAGGGUGAAUCCUAAAAGGAGAAGGGAAAAGGUUUACAUUGGAUGUGGAGCUGGAUUUGGAGGUGACAGACCACUGGCAGCUCUUAAAUUACUUCAGAGAGUCGAGGAUCUAAACUAUCUUGUCCUGGAAUGCCUAGCGGAGCGCACCCUUGCCGAUAGCUACCAAGCAUUGCAGUCUGGUGCUGAUGGUUAUGAUCCUCGUCUUACAGAGUGGAUGCGUUUGCUCUUACCUUUGGCUGUGGAGAAAGGAAUUUGCAUAAUUACCAACAUGGGUGCAACGAGCGCGCUUGGUGCUCAGGAAAAAGUUCUAGAAAUAGCGAGCAGUCUGGGUAUUAGCAUUACUGUUGGUGUGGCUCACCAACUCGCUAUCGCAAAAUCAGGUCUGGAUCAUCACCUGAUAAAUGAUAUCAUGCACGGUGGUAUUAGCACGUACCUGGGAGCAGCUCCCAUUGUUGAAUGCCUGGAGAAGUACAAACCUAAUGUUGUUAUUACUUCUCGAGUUGCCGAUGCUGCCUUAUUCUUAGGUCCAAUGAUUUAUGAACUAGGUUGGAAUUGGAAUGAGUUACAGCUGCUAGCACAAGGGUCUUUAGCUGGCCACCUGCUAGAGUGUGGUUGUCAGCUCACAGGUGGAUAUUUUAUGCAUCCGGGAGAUAAAUACCGAGACAUAUCUUUCCCAUGUCUCCUAGAUUUGUCACUUCCUUUUGCUGAAGUUAGUUUUGAUGGGAGAGUACAUAUAGCAAAGGCAGAUGGCAGUGGUGGGGUUCUAAAUUUUAGCACUUGCGCUGAGCAACUUCUUUAUGAGGUGGGAGAUCCUGGUGCUUACAUUACCCCAGAUGUGCAGGUGAUAGAUUUUCGAGAUGUUUCAUUUCAGUCGUUAUCAAGAAGUAAAGUUCUUUGUUCCGGAGCAAAACCAUCUGCUGCACUAAGACCUGAUAAACUUUUGCUGUUGGCUCCGAAGCACUGUGGAUGGAAAGGCUGGGGAGAGAUAUCCUAUGGAGGAUAUGAAUGUGUAAAACGAGCAAAAGCUGCUGAAUAUCUGGUGAGGUCAUGGAUGGAAGAAGUAUAUCCUGGUGUUAACAACUGCAUAAUUUCAUAUAUAAUUGGAUUGGAUAGCCUUAAGGCAACCAGCAUUGACAACAGCACCUCAUUGCAAAGAACUGGUGAAGAUAUUAGGUUACGGAUGGAUGGUCUAUUUGAGCAAGAGAAGCAUGCAGUCCAAUUCACAAGAGAAUUUACAGCUUUGUAUACAAAUGGACCAGCUGGAGGAGGUGGUAUCAGCACUGGACACAAGAAAGAGAUUACACUUGAGAAAGGAUUGGUAGGACGUGAACAUGUUUAUUGGCGAAUUACUGCAAAGCAAAACAAAAUAAUGAAUACAAAUAAAGAAGAUGCAGUGGAAACCCAAGCGCGGCACGAAUCAGCCUCACCAUCAGUCCCACAGGGAGCAACAUACAAUUCUUGCACGGAGUUCUCAUCACCGGAAAUUGAAGUCUGUCCUGCUCCAUUUGGCGAGAAGAUUCCUCUUUAUAGUGUAGCCCAUAGCAGGGUUGGUGACAAAGGAAAUGACUUGAACUUUUCUAUUAUCCCUCACUUCCCACCAGAUAUUGAGAGGCUGCAGAUGAUCAUUACACCUGUAUGGGUAAAGGAAGUCGUCUCAACACUUCUAAAUCCCUCUUCUUUUCCCAACUCCGAUGAUAUCAGAAAGAGAGACCAGUGGGUCCAUGAACAUGUUAAGGUGGAGAUCUAUGAAGCUAGAGGGAUUCAUUCUUUAAAUGUUGUGGUUCGGAACAUUCUAGAUGGCGGUGUCAACUGCUCUCGGAGAAUUGACAGGCACGGGAAGACCAUAUCAGAUCUCGUAUUGUGCCAGCAAGUGGUGCUGCCUCCAUGAUUAUACUUCCACUCCGGUAAGGCAGAUGUCCUGCCGCUACUCAAUGGAGUAAAACCUUCCAUUAAAAUAUGUAGUGGAAUUUCACAGCUAUGUUAUUUGAAAUGCUAAGCAAAGUAAGUAAAUUAUGGUUUGUGUAAAAUCCUAAAACUGUAACUUCAUGCCUAUCGAACAGUUUUUUUUUUUUUUUAGGUAAAAAUGCCUAUGAAACAGUUCAUGAUGUAUAUUCCAUUGUUUUUUUUUUUGCU